UUUCACAUAACUACAAGCCCUUGGCCAAAACUACAAGCCUAGUGUGAGCGAGGAUGGGAACAGCUUGAGUACAAUACAGCUACAAGAGACCCAACUCUUAGCUUCUUGCUCUUACGAAAAUCAGACAAAGUGGGGUAAAGAGGUGGGGUUCUUGUAUCAAUCUGUUCUUGAAGAUUACUUAACAGCAUUCACCAUGCACUGUCGAGGAUGGACUUCUGUCUAUUGUAAUCCAUCCAAGCCACAGUUCUUGGGUAGUGGCGUCACUAAUAUGAAUGAUUUGUUGGUCCAAGGCACAAGAUGGAGCUCUGGGUUGUUUGAUGUUGCCAUCUCAAAGUUCUCGCCGCUCAUAUAUGGGCCAUUGAGAAUGUCUAUCCUUGAGAGUUUUUGUUAUGCCUACCUUGCCUAUUUCCCACUCUAUUUUAUAUCAGUCUGGUGUUUUGGCAUCAUCCCUCAGCUGUGUCUACUUAAUGGCAUCCCUUUGUACCCUAAGGUUUCAGACUCAUUUUUCAUGAUAUUUGCUUUCAUUUUUGUAUCAUCUCUUUCUAAACAUUUGUACGAGGUGCUAUUCACGGGAGGAUCAUUCCAGACAUGGAUGAAUGAACAAAGGAAUUGGAUGAUAAAGUCGUUAACAUGUCAUCUUUAUGGAAGUAUGGAUGCUAUUAUGAAGAAGAUUGGUAUGAGAGAAGCCAGUUUCUUAACCACAAAUAAAGUUGUGGAUAAUGAACAAGAAAAGCUAUACCAAAUGGGUAAAUUUGAUUUUCGAACCUCUACUGCGAUACUUGCUCCAGUGGUCAUCCUAGUCAUCUCGAACAUGGCUGCAUUCAUGGUGGGUCUUGCUAGAGUAAUUGCAGCAGGCAAUUGGGACAAAAUGUUUGUACAAGUUGUCCUCUCAUUUUACAUCCUAAUUAUGAGUUACCCUAUAGUUGAAGGGAUGAUACUGCGAAAGGACAAGGGUCGCGUUCCACCUUCUAUCACUCUAUUAUCUACUGUCCUUGCCAUGGUUUUAUUGACUUUAGGGUCCACUGCUCUAAUGUAUUAAGUUAUAUGCAGAACUCGACCCAGUCUGCAUUUCCAUUAGUAUAGUUCCUUGAUGCAAAUAUGCAGAUUCAUUAUUUGUACUGAUGGAAAAAGCACAUAUAGUGCUGUUCCAUGUGAUAAAUGCAACACUUUCUAAUUUGUUAGAAUGGACUUAGAAGAGAAUGUUUCUCCCAAAAA